GAUCCUUACCUCAAGAUUUUGGCGGUCAAUGUUAAGCACGAUUCUUUCAUUUGAAGCUCCUCUACAGUGCGAAGAGUGAUGCAGCGCAGUUUUGAAAAUGGAAAUCACAAUAUGUUUUUGAUUGGUGACUCUGGAUAUCCAUUAGAGCCGUGGUUAAUGACUCCUCUUCCAAACCAACCUCAAGGAAGCCCGACAUUCCGCUCCAAUCAGGCAUUGUGUAAAGCACGAAACCCAGUCGAGCGACUUUUUGGCGUUCUCAAAGGAACUUGGCGAUGCCUAUCUCAACAAAGAACUCUUUUGUACGAUGCUGGAUUCACUGGUAGAAUAGUCAAUGCGAGCUCAGUGUUACAUAACAUUAGAAUAGGUGACCAAAUAUAUGAGCUUGAGCAAGAGUUCCUAGAAAGUAGAACAAAUACAGUCAAUUUCAAUUAUGAGGCGCCAUCCUCAAAGCAAAACGCGUCCAAUAUCACCUGAUCGAAUUAUUUCAAUUAAAUAUCAAUUUGAUAAAUAAAUCUCCGGAAUAUAAUUUACAUAAUUUGUAAUUUUAUUACAUAUUUUUGGUAACAAAUUCUUCAGUCUCAUUAUUUUCAACAUUUGGACUUAAGUU